UCAGCAAACUGCGAGCAGCUCGUGAGCAGCGCGAUGCGGGCUGGUAUCUGGGGAGCUCGGGGUGCCUCACGGCACCAAGGCCACGCGCUCGGGCGCGGCGGCUCCUCCCUCCCCGCCCCCGGAAGUGACGCGCGGCGGGUACGGCGACUGGGAGGGGCCCGGGCGCAGCUGGGGGGUUCGAGAGUGGCGGCAGCCGCGGAGCGCCUGGCAGGCCCGGCCGCGGCGAGGAACGCCCAGCGCGCGCAGGCGGGUAGCGGCCCGUCGACCCGCGCUGUAGCCGAGUGCGGGGGCGGAGCUCGAGGAGCCGCGGCUGGUGCGGCGGCUGCCAGAGAUGCGGGCGGCUGCGGGCACUCGGCGGGCUCGGCUCGGCCGCCGCCGCCUUCUCCGGCUCCGCAGCGGGGGUCGCAGCGGAGGGCGCGCCGUCCUGGGGUUCCCGGCGUGAGGCGGCAGCGGCGGCCGGCGGAGAGGAGCACCGUGUUCCCGGCGGAGACCCAGAGGGAGCUCCGCGCGCGGCGUCGCUCAUUGCUAUGGACAGUGCAAUCACCCUGUGGCAGUUCCUGCUUCAGCUCCUACAGGAGCCUCAGAACAAGCACAUGAUCUGCUGGACCUCUAAGGAUGGGGAGUUCAAGCUUUUGCAGGCAGAAGAGGUGGCUCGUCUCUGGGGGAUUCGCAAGAACAAGCCCAAUAUGAAUUAUGACAAACUCAGCCGAGCCCUCAGAUACUAUUACGUUAAGAAUAUCAUUAAAAAAGUGAAUGGUCAGAAGUUUGUGUACAAGUUUGUCUCUUACCCAGAGAUUUUGAAAAUGGACCCAAUGACCGUGGGCAGGAUUGAGGGAGACCGGGAUGCUUCAGGCAUCAGCGAGAUCAACUGCAGUUCCAAGGACGUGGAGAAUGGAGGGAAAGAGAAGCCACUUCAGCCUGGUGCCAAGACCUCGAGCCGCAAUGACUACAUACAUUCUGGCUUGUAUACUUCAUUUACUCUCAACUCUUUGAACUCCUCCAAUGUGAAGCUUUUCAAAUCUAAAAAGAUCGAGAAUCCAGCUGAGAAACUGGCAGAGAAAAAAUCUCCUCAGGAGCCAACACCAUCUGUCAUAAAAUUCGUAACAACACCUUCCAAAAAGCCACCAGCUGAACCCGUGGCUGCCACCAUUUCAACAGGCCCAGGUAUUUCCCCAUCUCCAGAAGAAACUAUCCAAGCAUUAGAGACUUUGGCUUCCCCAAAACUGCCUUCCCUGGAGGCAUCGAGUGCAACUCCAGCUUUUACCAGCACACCUCCUAUCCCGUCCUCAUCUCCCCCUUUGCAGGAGCCUCCUAGGACACCUUCACCACCCCUGAGCUCUAACGCAGACAUCGACACAGACAUCGAUUCAGUGGCUUCUCAGCCAAUGGAACUUCCAGAGAACUUGUCCCUGGAGCCCAAAGACCAGGAUUCCGCUUUGCCAGAAAAGGACAAAACAAAUCACUCAUCGAGAUCCAAGAAACCCAAAGGGUUAGAGCUGGCACCCACCCUCGUGAUCACAGGCAGUGACCCAAGCCCGCUGGGAAUAUUAAGCCCGUCUCUCCCUACAGCUUCUCUUACGCCAGCACUUUUUUCACAGACCCCCAUCUUACUGACGCCGAGCCCCCUGUUCUCCAGUAUCCACUUCUGGAGCACUCUCAGCCCCGUGGCUCCCCUGAGUCCGGCCAGGCUGCAAGGUGCUAACACACUUUUCCAGUUUCCUACUGUACUGAACAGUCAUGGGCCAUUCACUGUGUCUGGCCUGGAUGGACCUUCCACCCCUGGCCCGUUUUCCCCAGAUCUGCAGAAAACAUAACCUAUGCACUUGUGGAGUUGAGAGAACCGAGGAAUAAAGAAAUAGAGAAACAGUCAACAUGAUUACAUUUGAAGUGAGCAAUUGAUAGUCCCCUGUGCUGGUAAUAGACUAUUGUGACUUUUGCCGUUCUCUGGCGAAAUGCCCUUUUAAGAUUCCUUUGAAUAGGACUCAAGUUGGACUGUGUGUAAAAUUGCCUUAAUUGGAGUUCAAACUCCAUCUCCCUCUUUUUCUUUUCUAUUAUAAAAAUAUUUUGAGCUUUG